AUGUCCUGGAAAGAAUCCAAUUGCCAUACCACCAUUCUGCGCAAUGCGGAAGCCGGAAAGUAUGGAGUUAUUGCAGCCAUCGCCUACAACAUUGAGCAAGUCCUAGGUCUAGUCCGGGCUGCGGAGACAGCUCGUUCACCCCUUAUUAUCCAAUUUUUUCCAUGGGCCAUCGAGGCCACCGAUGGGUUGCUCGUGCGCACCGCUGCAGAAUGUCCAUGGCGAGUAUGGCCCUCAUGGGCCACAAUUGGAUUUUGA